AUGAAUGAGAGGACAACCUCAAAUGCAAAUUUAUCAAAUGAGUGCCCAAAUGAUACAUUUGGACAAAUGAUGGGUAAAGAAAAACAUGGACGAGUUCGCAUGUAUGGAUUAGGUGUCUCCCCCUCUAAUUUAUGGAGAGAUACAUCUAGUCAUAAAGCAAACCAAGACACAACAAUAGAUGCUAUGGAAGCUAAAAAUUCGGAGUUAAGGUCCAAAGUUUCCCAUGUUCAUCAGGCUCCGAAUAACUUGACAAACACAUCUAAUCAGUUAAAUCUUGAUUUACAAGUAGGAGAUGUAGUUGUUCUAAAAAGUAUCAUUAGGCCAACAAAAACAGUUGCAAUCGGAGUACUUAAAAGCACAAAUGCAUCUAAAGAAAUAGAAGGGGAAGAAAUGGGACCUGGCUAUUUGGAGAUACAUGUUCAAGUGCCAGUCAAACCUAAUGAGAGCUUGAUCCGAUCAUAUGGACUUGUCAAAAUAGUUGGACAAGCUAUUGGAGCUCAUGUUGCUUGGCCUGCUUCAUUUAUGAUGCAGAUUUUGCAAGUUAUGGGUGCUAGCCGAGAAUAUUUAUACAAGUGA